UAUUCAAACACUUGAACACCAACAAAAACCCCUACACUUUGAAGCACCGAGACAAAACUUGCCAUCAUCUCAAUGGCAGAGCUAGAGAACCCAAUUGUGAUGAACAAGGUCAUCACAUUCCUCUCUUCUUUGGUUCAGAGAGUAGCUGAGUCAAAUGAUCUCAAUUCUCAGUUCCAAAUACAGAAAGUUUCAGUCUUCCAUGGUCUGACCAGACCAACAAUUUCAAUUCAGAGCUACCUAGAGAGGAUCUUCAAGUAUGCAAAUUGCAGCCCUUCUUGCUUAAUCGUUGCUUACGUGUAUCUCGAUCGGUUUACUCAGAAGCAGCCCUCCUUGCAUAUCAAUUCGUUCAACGUUCAUCGGUUGCUGAUUACUAGUGUUAUGGUGGCUGCAAAGUUCAUGGAUGAUUUGUACUACAACAAUGCUUAUUAUGCAAAAGUUGGAGGGAUCAGCACAGCAGAGAUGAAUUUUCUUGAAGUGGAUUUUUUAUUUGGUUUGAGCUUCAACUUGAAUGUGACUCCCACAACCUUCACCACCUACUGUUCCUACCUUCAAAGGGAAAUGCUUAUGUUGCAACCUCCUCUAGAUUCAAUAGAUUUUUCUCUUAGUUUGGGGAAAUCACUAAAGCUCCAUUUGUGCUUUGAUGAGGAUGACCCCUCACAUAAGCAACAGCAACUUGCUGUUUAGCUUUACAGGGAGAUAACUCUUUCAUAAAAGUAGUUGAUGUAGUGAGUUUUUGUACUUUUCCAAUAUUAUGGGUUGGCAAAAUGAACAUUAGGUUUCUAUAUGCACUUUUCUCUGUUGGUUUGGCUAUUUGGAUUUUAUAACUGAGCUU